AUGGCGGGCAAGAGGGCGCACCCCAUCAAGCGGGAUUGGUACUGGAACCACAAUGACCGCUUUGAGAUUUGGCACAGUCUUGACUGGCCCUCGGUCCGCCGCGGUCGCCAGAUCUACACAGAGGUAUUCGCACCAUGUCACUCACUGGGCCGCAUGACCUUCACUCACUUCCAAGGCUUCAUGACCCGCGAAGAGAUCAGACAACUGGCCUCCCAGUACGAGAUAAUUGACAGUGAGCCGGAUGCGGAGGGUAACCUGAACCGUCGCCCCGGCAAGCCGACGGAUACCCUGCCCACCCCUUACCCGAAUCAGCGCGCCGCGCAGUUCGCCAACAACGGUGCUGAGCCCCCGGAUUUGCAGCACGCCGUCUUCGGCAAGGAAGGUGGCCCAGACUACAUCUUCUCCUUGGUUACUGGCUACAACUGGGGCAACGGUGAGCUGAUGGAGAUCCCACCGUUCGCGCCUGAGGUGAAGCCUGGUCAGUUCUGGAACCCCUACUUUAAGGGAUGCGUGCUCUCCAUGCCGCCGCCACUUUCGGAUGGUCUAGUGGACUACGAAGACGGCACCCCUGCCACAAUGAGCCAGAUGGCUAAGGACGUUGUGAACUUCCUGCGCUGGUCCGCUGAGUCGGAGUACGAUGACCGCCGUGUAGCCUUCUGGAAGGUAAUGACCACCGUGGGUCUAGUUAACUGCCUGCUCCUUCAUUACGGCCAGAAGAACACUAACUGGCGCAUCUACGGCCGCACUACGUUCCGCUACUGGAAGAAGGCGUGGUAG